AUGGAAGGCACAAGUGAUCGUGCAGCUGGGUCAACAAGUCAUCCUCCAUUUCUUGAUGACAAAACAAACUAUGCAGCAUGGAAGGCUAAGAUGAAAGCUUUCUUGUGGGCAAAGGAUGUAGCUGUAUGGGCUGUUGUUGAAAGUGGUUGGGAGUAUCCAACUAAGACGGAAAAGGUAGAUACAAAAGAGACUGGAGAGGGUAGUUCUACUGUUGAAGCCAAAGUUAAGAAGCCUAUGAGUGAAUGGACUGCAGAUGAGAACACCAAGAGUACAAAUAAUCAGAAAGCUUUGAACUCUAUUUUCACAGCGCAAGCAUGGGAUAUUCUCCAAGUCACUCAUGAAGGAACUACAGCUGUCCGAGAAUCAAAGCUUCAGCAACUUAUCCAGCAAUUUGAAAAUAUGAAGAUGGGUGAUGAUGACAAGUUUGCUGAUUUCUAUGCUAGGCUCAGUGUUGUUGUGAAUGGUUGUUUCAACUUAGGAGAUCCCAUACCUCAGCACAGAAUAGUCAAGAAAAUACUCAGGUCUCUUCCUAUGAAAUAUCAUUCCAAGAAGAUAGCCAUUCAAGAGUCGAAGGACCUGAAUACCUAUAAUCUGCAAGAAUUGAUUGGAAACUUAACCACAUAUGAGAUGGAACUCCCUGAUGAAAUGAAGAGCAAAAGCAUAGCUCUUAAAGUUAAGAAAGACAUUGAAGAUGAGUCAACAGAUGAAGAGGAUGCUGAUGAAGAUGAAAUUGAUCUUAAGUCCAAGAAUAAGCGGAAUAAAGCAAUGAAUGUUACUUGGAGUGACAGUGAAGACGAUUCUAUGCUUGAAAGUGAUUCUGAAGUGGUGGCCUUGGUAGGAUUAACGACUAUUGGAGAUGAGUCUGAAGUUGAAGAAUUUGAUCUUGAGGAAGUAAUGCAACAAUAUAUCAUGCUGUCUGAGGCUUCAAAAGAAUUGAAGAAAAGAAAUUCAGAAUUGAGUAAUGAAGUUGAGAACUUGAAGACUGAUAUUAGUAGGAUUGAAGCUGGAUUUCAAUCCCAAUUGGAGGCAAGUGAUGCAGUGAGAAAGUCUCUUGUGGAGGACUUUCAAUCCCUUCAACAAAAGUACCAAGAGAGAUGUGAUAAAGUUGAGGAACUUAAAACUGAAAAGGCUUGUCUGUUAUAUGAGCUCGAGCAAAUGAAAGCUAAGGCUGGAUGUGAUUCUUCAAGUGGUGAAAAGUUGGAAAGUAUUCUAAUGAUUGGUAAAAAAUUUGGAGAUAAACAUGGCCUGGGAUAUGAUGCUGAAAGUUCAUCCAAAGGAGAGCAUGUCACCAAGUUUGUAAAAAGCUCUGAUCAUUCCUCAUCACAAUCUACUUUCCCUGUGCUUGAAGAAGCUAGACCAAUGUUGAAGAAUUUUGUGCCUGUGUGUCAUCAUUGUGGAAAGCGAGGACAUAUAAGACCGAGGUGCAAUCAACUAAGAAAAAAUUCUUGGAAUGACAAGAAGCCACUCAUGAACAAAAAGAAAGAAUAUCUUCAAGAAAAGCUGGAAUUUCUUUUGAAAGGAGUAAACAAGAUAGCAAGAUUUGUUUCAAUUCCAUUCUCACCUAUGCCCAAGAUGAAGCAAGUCUGGAUACGAAAAGAGCCUCCUCUUUCUAAGCUUCCACAUACAGGACUGAAUAUGCUUUUCAAUCCUAAUAUCUUAGUAGCUUGUGUUUAUUUCUGCAUUUUUCUAUAA